CGAUGUGAUGAAGAGACAAACGAAGGAAAGAUGUCAAUAAAUUUUAUUCCUGUAUAUUUUCUCUGUAGAAGUCAAGAAGGCAUUAUAAUUUGUUCUCAAGUGGUUUACUAGCUCAUUUCAAUCUUAUUAAAUUAUAUGAAUAACAGUGCAUUUUAUCGUUUGUGCCGUAAGAUUUUUUUGUGUAUUGUAUCUGCUCUCAAUGCAGUCAAAUAUUUAUUCUGAAGAUCCUCUAUUCAGUUAUUGGAAUGAGUUCGACGGCGGUGGGCCAAAUCCUUAUCCAAUUUUGCCACAAAUGCCAUCGCAGCCUACGAUAGGAACACAAUACGAAAACUUCAAUUUGCUUCCCCCGCCACCAGUAGGACUAGCAUGUCCAGCAGGGCUGAUGGAUCCAGCUGCCUGUCCAAACCCAUUGAUGGGACCAGUUCCGCGUGCUUAUGUGCGCUUUCCUCCAACGUUGGCACUAGCGCAAUGUGGACCACAGCCCCAACAGCUUUCAGGCAUUAGUCUACCAUCACCUCCAUUCACUUUUCAACCGCAUCCACCUCAACAGCAAUAUCCAAUCGUUGCACCACCACCUUCAGGCCCGUUGUCCGCAGAAAAUCUCGAGCGAAACCAUCUGAACGAUAUGGGUCAAAUGGAAGAGGUGGUAGUGAAAAAUGGACAAGUAUUUCACAUAAGCUUUCUAGACGAACCCGCAGAAUCAGGGGCUUCUGCCAUCCCUAGGCCUAACAGUGGUGAUACUGAAAGCGAGGAGAGUCAGUCUAGGGAUUGGAUUAAUUACGAUGAGCUGCCGCUGUUACAAAAUGUUUGUGGAGGCGAAACAGAGAAUGGUACUUAUAAGUGUGGAAUAUGUGGAAAGGAAUUGAAGUCGGCUUUGAAUUUAUACGUUCAUGAACAAACACACAAAACUACGCGAUUGGAUUGUAAAAUUUGCGGCAAAAGAUUCAAUAGAAUCGGGAAACUAGAGCACCACGUUAGUAAACAUCAUCCCGAUGAGUCUAAUGCAGCAUGCAGCAAAAGCAGUCCUUCGGGCACACCGGUUUUGAGCGAUUUCAGCAACUACUGCGUGGAAUGCGAGGAAUUUUUUGGCAGCUCUGAUGAGCUGCAAAAUCAUAUGGAGGUGAACCAUCGACUUAUCGACGAUUCACAAUGUCCCAAAAACGCGUUAAAAAAAUCGGUUGGCUGUCCGUAUUGCAAUGAAUCGUUCGAAUGGCCUUGCCUACUAAAAACGCACAUGACAAAGCACACCGGUGAGAAGCCGUUUAUCUGCGAACGAUGCAAUGUGUCGUUUAGGUUUGUGCAGAGUUUCUACCGACACAACAGACGGGUUCACGGACGUGAAAAAUAAAAACUAAACUGCAAUUUAUAGCGUAAUAGCUGCUGGAUAAUUUGGACUUAAAACGCAUAAAUAGUAAUAAACAGUCACGAGUUUGAAAUGUAAGUACAGAGACCAGUUGUCAGCCUCAUUAAAUUAGCUUCUAGAUUAAUAACAGUACGAGACGAUCAAUUGUGAAAUUCUUCAAAUGAGAUUGAAACGUCAUACUAUGACGCAUAUACUUAAUCAAAGUAAAACAUGAUAUUAUAUUACACGUUCGCAACAAAAGGCAUUACGGACAAAGCAAUUCGUUAUUUGUGACAUUUGAUUUAUGAUAAAUAUAACUAGGCCUCAUUUGACACAACAUCUAUAAAUAUUGUACUCAUAGGAAAUACUUUCGAAUUCUUAAUCUGAUCUGUGUUAUCGUUAUACGUGGUAUACUUUCAGUGAAACGUUUAUUGUGUUAAAUGCUUGAUCUUAAUCUAAGUUUGUUACCGAUAGGAGAAAUAGAAUGACACUAUCUUGUCCCGUAAGUAUUGUCGCUCAAAGCGCUCAAAUUUUGUCCCUGACGCAGAAAUAUCUGACCAAUAGUGUACUUCUUUGUGUUAAUUCGUGAGUAACAACCCUUUGGUCUGUUAAGUUCAAAUUUUGUUCGUACUAAUAAAUAAUA